AUGGCCUCAAUGUCCUCUCGCGGCUCUGGCGCUUGGACUGCUGAGGAGAACAAAGCUUUUGAAAAUGCUCUAGCUGUCUACGACAAAGAAACCCCGGACCGUUGGUACAACAUUGCCAAGGCUGUCGGUGGGAAAACUGCCGAAGAGGUGAAGAGACAUUAUGAGAUCCUUGUGGAGGACGUCUACCAUAUUGAACACGGCCAAGUGCCCUUUCCAAACUACAGGGCCACUGGACGGCGGAUUAGCCAUGGAAGCACUCGCGAGGAGGAGCAAAGAUGAGAAAUAUAAAGCUCCAGUGAAUUACAACCUCGCAGUAGCCAAAACAAGGAAGCAUUCCUCUUGGCCGUGCAGACAGUAAUUCAAGAAUCAAGAGUAGACGAUUGACUCUCUCUCUAUCAUCGUACCUUACCACCUAGUAAUCGGUCUAUUUAGCUUCAGAAAUAUUGAACCACUGAUCCAGGAAGUAAAAUUAAUGUAAUUCUUUUCGUUAUCUCCAGUUUACUGAAUUCCACCAAUGAAAUGUGUACUACGUAUGCAUCUGUCGGAAUUUAAAAACAUUUGCAAGUCCUCCUCCUAUUCAUGAAAUUCACGGAUGAAAUCAUCACGAAAGUGAAGCAGGAAUUGCAAUCUAAGGCUAAACAAAAUGUUAAUUCAUUCAUUUAACCUUUCGUAAGAGAUCUAACCU